AUGACCGGAGACGAAAAACAUGGCGUGUAUGCGGUAUUUAAAUCAAAAGUAAGGCAAAUUUGAUUAGCUUUUUAUCUCUGCAUUAUUGUUUUUAUUACGACGUGUGUUUUUAGUUUGUGAAGUACGUCAGAAGCUCAAAUCUCUUGCCUUGUUUUGGGCUUCGUGCUGAUAUAACCGUCAAGUACGAUAACAUAAUUGUAAAGUUAAUGGUCCCACCAAUACAUAUCAAGAUAAAACUGGUAACUAUCAACAAGAUUGAAGUAAACGACAAAACAUGUUCUCUCACUAUUGGUGGCAGAGGCUUUGAUCUAACCCUACAGAAGGUAAACACGGUAGAAGGUGACGCAGCUUCAGCAAUUGGGGAACGACUCAGGUUUCUAGUACUACGACAACGAAUACCACAUUCUAUCUUAGGAUUGCCGUUUGAAUGGGAAAUGGAAUGCAUUGGAAAUCAGAGGUCAAAGAUCAGGUGGAACGGUGUUAGAAGGCCAAAGCCUCCAGAAUAUAGAAUUCGACGUUGUCUGUCAGAUGUCAGUUUACAGUCGGCACAAAGCCUGCGGUGCGGGUUCGGCCGCCUUUACCAAUCAUUCAGAAGUGUGAAAAACAAAUAA